AUGACAGACACACGGAAUCUUCUCCGUCGAGCUCCACCUCCACCCACAGAACUUCCUCCCCUCAUAACAUGGAUAGACCCUCCUACACAGAGAUACUAUGCAUUCUGUGUGCUUGUAGGAUUAUGGAGUAUUAAGUUGGGGCGAUUGCUUAUAUCUCCGCGGCCUACACCUUUGGGUAUAUGGUGGUGGUACUUGCUGGAUAUAACUUUUGUUAUAAUUUACAUCCCGCUUGGAUACUUGAAUGGACAACAUCUAGACCCGUCACAAGCGUACUGUCGUCGUCGUCUACGUUUUGUGAUAACAUCAGGAUACCAAAGGUUCUUUGGUGAAAGGGUUCAUGCCAUAAGCUCACAGGGAAUUAUCAAAAUAGAUGAGGUGAGACACAACUCGUCACAUAUCAAGGGGAAACACAUUGUCCGCUUCCUUCCUUAUGCCACCGCAAAACUCAAUCCCGAUGACGACAAAUUCUGUUUGCAACGCGUUCCACGCGUCGAAGUUGAUGUUCCAGUAUUGUUUAACAACUCCAAACCCUGGAAGUUAGAGUAUUCACACAUAGAUCCGGAUACGAACGAAAAGACACAUAUUAAUAUGACCAGGAAACUAUUACAGAAGAGACUAACAAGCGACGAGAUUGCUAAUACCUACCUAGUGUACAUUCCAAUCGAUCAUCCCGGGGUAUAUAGACUUGAACAGGCGUGGGACAAGGAUAACAUGAACAUCAAGACUUACAGAAACGAAGUUAUCAUUUCUCAUUGUCCGAUAGCAAAGUUUGUUGCCAGACACAGUUCGGACCGAUGCAUUGACGAUGACAUCAAUGUCGAUUUAAUUUUGCAGGGGGUGCCGCCAUUCAACGUCAGAUAUGAGAGGCUAGUCGACGACGUUGGCAUCAAUAUGACAAUUAGUGGAGUAGCCCCCGAUCGUUAUGUUUCGCCCAUUAUGGGCGAACAGGUUGUGUCACAUGAUUAUACUUGGGCGCGCAAUCGAGUAGUAGAAGUACCACUGAAUCUAACAGCUGAUACGGCAGCAACCUACAUUUUAAAGUUGAUUGAUAUUCAGGAUGGAUUAAAUAAUACCAGGACAUUUAGUGGGAAAAGCUUACAAGACGAUACUGUGAUGUUCCUCGUGCAUCCUCGACCAUAUGCAAAGUUAUUAUCCGAUUCCACGGUAAAAGUAAGGCCAGGAAAAUCGACAAACUUGUCAUUGGAACUUGGCGGAGAAGGACCAUGGUCUAUAACGACUGGUUACUGGGCAGAAGAUGUGGCUAAAGACGGCGACUCUUCGGCUCCUAAUAAAGUUGAAACAAUAAAGUUUUUACCAAAUAAAGACACUUCUAUUAUCGUUUCCAAGCCCGGAAUGUACCAGUUGUUAUCGAUUUCAGAUACCUUCUGUUCUGGGCAAGUUCUCGUUCCAUCUAGUUGUAUCGUAAUUGAAGUACAACCGCCGUCAGUGAAGAUAGAGGCAGUACCUAUACCAGCGAUCGAUUGCCCUGGUGAAAUAGGACAAGAGAUUACUGUAUCGCUCACCGGGACUCCACCAUGGUCAUUACACUAUUCCAUAACCACAAAGCUUAGUGAAAUAACUGAUUUUAAGAAAAUCUUCAAGUCGAGGCAUACGUUUACCAUCAUGCCGAAGACGUUUGGUCGCCAUGAAUACAGGUUCUUCCUUUUAAGGGACGGAUUCUAUGACGAGGGCGUGAAUAUUGAUCACAGGAUUACCCAAGUAGUCCACCCCAAACCAGACGCAACAUUCAGAACCACAUAUGGAAAGGAAUUGAAUACGUGCGUUGGGAAUAAUGUCGAACUGGACGUUGACUUUUCAGGAAGUGGACCGUUUACGUUGGAGUAUGAGGUCGUAUUUAAUAGAAGGAAAAACACGUUCACAGUUGGCGAUAUCAAAAGUCUUAGUCAUGUUAUUAGUUCUCCUCCAUUUGAUAACCCCGGGACGUAUACUGUAACGCUGGUCAGAGUAACUGACGCGAAAGGCUGCAGUAACAGUCUCAAUGCAUCAGAUGAUAUCACAAUACACGUAAAGAAAGAUAGACCAACCGUCGGAUUCAGAACUGAUGGCGAAGCGAUGAAGUUUAUCGAAGGAGACAGGAUAGACCUCCCAUUACAGCUGACAGGCCAUCCACCAUGGGAUAUUGAAUACGGAUCCCUCAAUGUCAGUAGCAAGGCGCGCAUGACAGCUCGCAAUCUCAAAGAUCCAAAUGCUCAUGUAACAGUCACAUUACCUGGCUUGUACGAAUUAUUAUCAGUCAAAGAUUCAUUUUGUACCGGCGAAGUUAUCGAAAGUAUGCGAUUUAUUCGCGCCGAAUGGUUACCACAGCCGACACUGCGAAUAGCUGAUGGCGAAGCAACUUUGCUGGACGUGCCCAAUUACUACGAACGUAAACCAGUAUGCGAGGGCACAGAAGAUAGCGUAGGAGUAAUUCUUAGUGGCCGCGCUCCAUGGAUAAUAUCAUAUAAAAUAACAGGCGAAGGAGAGCCCAUACCGCAGCGCGAGACCAUUGGGUUCCCAUCGACUCGUAUACGACUAUUGACAGAGUCUCCCGGCACCCAUACCUACGAAUUCAAAACAAUAGCUGAUGACGUAUACACAUUACCAAACGAGAUAUCGUUGACGCUCCGGCAAAUAAUUAUAUCCAAUCCGACUGCUCAUUUUAUCCAACACAAAACGUUUAAUCAAUGUGUAGGCGAGACUCUACCGUUUUCACAAUCACCCAAGAUUCAACUCAAAGGCAUUCCGCCAUUCAGUCUGACUGUCGAGACAAAGAACGAGAAUAGUAAUCGUAUCGAUACGCAAGUAAUCCAUAAUAUCGCUGAUGAAGUGUACACGUACGUACCACCCAAGUUUAUGGCAAUCGGUAAUUACUCGAUUGCUAUAGUAAAGGUUAUCGAUGCGCAGGGAUGCAGUCGAAAACAAAAUUCGCAAGAGAGUAAAUUGAGAGUAGAGGUUAAUGAUGUAGCCAGUAUCCAAAGAUUGAUUCCUCAGGAUAUUCACUGCGUGGGUGAUCUAUUGGUAUAUCAAUUACAAGGCACUCCACCGUGGGUUAUUCAUUAUACUUACAAUGGAGAGAAGAAGAAUGUGGUAUCCAAUACUCCAGAUUAUACUUUUGGAGCUGACCGGCCUGGGAACGUGACUAUCACGAGUGUGUGUCAUUUGAACGAACAGUGUUGCGGUCAUCCAAAGGGAAUGUCAGAGGUCAUAUAUGAUUUGCCUACCGCUAUUAUCUCCUCUGGGAAAGAAACCAUCAGUGAUAUACGUGAAGGUGAAAAAGACGAAAUUGUUAUUGAAUUCAUAGGUAAUCCUCCGUUCAGAUUCACGUAUACUCGAAGCGAAAUUUUGCCGAAAGGUAAACCAGGCCGUGUGCUGGAAACUCAGACAGUGACCAAUGUUCGUGGACAUAAACAUUCGUUAUUCGUAUCACAAGAAGGCAUCUUCCAAGUAAUCUAUAUAGCAGACAAGUAUUGUGACUAUCCAAGAGAGGGUACGACGGUUAACGUGUAA